AUGCUUUCGAUCACGCACACCCUGCCACGGCGCACCCUCGCUCUCUCCACUCGCCGACUGUCCUCCUCGUCCCCUUCUCUCUCAAUCGCAUCGAAGCUCUACCCAGGGCUGUACUACCACGAGCACCCUUCCCAGCCCUCUUCCUACACCCUUUCGUACCUCCCAAGCCCGCCGCCAAGCCUCCGCUUCUCCCCGACAACCAUCGGCACUCUCUCCCCCGUCUCUCGCCCUCCCUCUUCCUUCGAUGCCCAGCCAAAAGCGGACCAGGGCGUCCCGCCUAUCCUUCCGCGCACGCUGAGCGAGAACCCUGACUUCCUGAAACUGGUGCACGAGGUGAUCAAGGCGAAUGUUGAGGGCGACCUCUGGUUGCAGACAAAGGCAAAGUCGAUCGGCGAGGACACGCACAUCCACAUCGCCGACGAGCGCUCUCCCGCCGACGCAAACCGCAUCGGUGACCCCUCCGACAUCCUCGGCUCAGUCCUCGUCCAGUCCGGCAAGGUGGUCGGCUCGACGUAUGAGCCCAAUCACGUCGCAUACCGGCUCGUGACGGAGGAAGGAGGCCUGAUGCGGCUGCCGCAAGGUUUGCAGGAGAAGCUUGUUGAGGCGUGUAAGAGGGUGAGAGUGAUUGAGGAGGAGGCUGCGAGGGAGGAGCAGUCGUAA